AUGGCUAACAAACAAGAAGUUGUAGCCGAAGGAGAUGAAACAGAGAUUAAAACAAGCUUGAAGAAAGAUCAAAACGCAGUGAAUAAUGGAGAUCCACUUUUCCUACACAACUCAGACCAUCCAGGUAUGGCUUUGGUCACUGCACCUUUAACUAGUAAGAACUUUUUAGUCUGGAGUAGAUCUGUUAAAAUUGCUCUAGGAGCUAAAAUGAAGUUGGGACUCAUAGAUGGGAGUUAUAAGGUACCAGAAAAGGAUUCACCAAUUUAUGAUCAAUGGAAUAGGGUUAACUGUAUGGUAACCUCCUGGAUUUUAAACUCAAUAUCAAAGGACCUAGUAGAAGCCUUCUUAUACACUUCUAAUGCAAGAGAGCUUUGGUGUGAAUUAGAGGAAAGGUAUGGAGAGAGUAAUGGACCUCUUCUCUACCAAAUACAGAGGGAAAUUAGUUCCAUUACUCAGGGAACGAUGACUGUUACACAGUAUUAUACUAGACUUAAGAAACUUUGGGAUGAGUUAACUGUUUUAAUGCCAAUACCUGAAUGCACAUGUGGAUCUGCAAAGGCAGUAGCAGAUCUCACAUCUUUUAAUCAUCUGAUGCAAUUUCUAAUGGGGUUGAAUGAUAUUUAUGAUCAUAAUAGAAAUCAAAUUUUACUAAUGGAUCCCUUGCCCUCAGUCAAUAAAGCAUACUCAAUGAUAACAAGGGUUGAGAAGCAUAUGGAGGUUAAAGUUUCUUAUGUGGAACCUAAUGAGAAUGCAACUAUGCUAUGUAGAACACAAAUGCCUAGGAAAGAUGGAGGAAACAAGGGAAAUACAAAGACAAAUGAAGUGACCAAAGAAGAGAAGAAGCAACAAUAUUGUACUCACUGCAAUACUAAUGGUCAUCUCAAGGAAUCAUGCUUCAAGCUUAUUGGAUAUCUAGACUGGUACAAGCAACUCAGAGACCAGAAGAGAAAGAAGUCAGGGACAAGAAAUGAAAUAGGAGGAAAAUAUGCAACAAACUUGGUGGAUACACCAUUGGAAGUGAACAGUGAAACUACUGCAGGAAAGGGACUUGACCAAAAUGCAGGGCUUGCCAAUUUAAUUCAGCAGGAGCUUAUUAAACUGAUGAAAGGGAAGAUACCUGCAGCUGCAAAUAUGGUAAAUUUUGCACAUCUUGAAGACUUUGCAGGUACUGUUCUAAAUCUUGAACUUAAUUUUGCUUUAAAUACUGUGGAUUUGUUUAGAUCAGGAACCUGGAUAGUAGACACUGGGGUAUCUAAUCACAUGUGCACAGACAUUUCACUUAUACAUAAACCAACAGUUGUAAGCCACAUGACACUUUUGUAUCUUUCAGAUGGAACCGUAAACUUAGUGAAACACACUGGAACUGUCCAAUUGACCCCAAGAAUCUGUCUCACAAAUGUUUUGCAUGAAUCAUGCUUCAAGCUUAUUGGAUAUCCAGACUGGUACAAACAACUCAGAGACCAGAAGAGAAAGGAGUUAGGGACAAGAAAUGAAAUAGGAGGAAAAUAUGCAACAAACUUGGUGGAUACACCAUUGGAAGUGAACAGUGAAAGUACUGCAGGAAAGGGACUUGACCAAAAUGCAGGGCUUGCCAAUUCAGCAGGAGCUUAUUAA